AUGUCGUUAUCGGGUGUAUUUAAUGGGCAUUUCGCUGUCCAAAUUCCAUUCAGAGUAGUGAUGAAUUUGUUGAGCGAUAAUAUUAUGGAUAUUUUGAAUAGUCCAGAUGAAGGAUUUCUCUCAAUGGAAGAUUGCACUCACCAAGUUUCCUCGACACGCAUAACUGGUCCUGGGUUUAGUAUCCGGGGCAAUAGCGAUCAGAGAUCAGAGAAUCGCAUCCUGGGUAUAUGCGCUGAGUGCGUUAGGCCUAUUAUGGAGAAGUAUUAUCUGGCUGUUGACGGACAAACUUGGCAUCUCUCCUGCUUGCGAUGCGCCAUUUGUAACUGUGAUCUCCAGUGGCAAUCCUCCUGUUUUUCCUACGAAGGUCGUCUGAUAUGUAGGGAGGAUUAUCGUCGACGCACCGAGUGCCUCAGUUGUGAAAGACGUUUUAGAAAGGUGGAUAGGGUACAUAUCUUCCAAGACGGUCGGACAUUUCAUUGUGAGUGUCUUCGAUGUCAUCAGUGCAGACGAGAAAUUCAGAAAGGUGAGGGAUUCUUCUGCUUGCAAAAGACAGUACUCUGCCUAGGUUGCCAUCAGAAACCGCAAAAAAGAAGACUAUCCGAUAGUCCGUCUUUGGAUUUUUCGUCAGCCGCAACUUCCUCAAAUUCGAUCAAUGUGCCAAAUUCAAAUAGAGAGCACGAAAACAGACGAGAACAAAAUCGGUCAGCAAGUGGAACAUCGGCCAGUUCAGAAAUUCCACGGAAACGGCACCGAACCUCAUUUAAACAAGCCCAAUUAGAAAUAAUGAAGGAUUACUUCCGAAUCAAUCAAAAUCCUGACAAAAAUGAACUCCUCCAAAUGGCCGAAAAAACUGGUCUAAGAGCGCGUAUUCUUCAGGUUUGGUUUCAAAAUGCACGAGCGAACUUUCGACGCCGAUCAUUGAAUAGAGGAAGUGAAAACGUGGAGACAACGACAAGUCAAAAUUCAUCCAUUUCCGGUGGUACUCCAAUCGGAGACUUCGAAUCCCCAAACGAACAUUAA